UUAAUUAUGAGAGUUAAAAAAAAACUCGGACCAUUAUUUUGGGAUGGUUGGACUACGCUAUCAGCUUUAUAGAUUUGUUCCCACUUGAACCUGUUUGGUCCCACCCUUUUCUUCUCUGCUGCUAGUUUUCAUAAUUGACAAGUAAUCAUUCUCGUCCUAUAUAUAUUCUACAAUGUGAAAAUAGGAAUUUUUAGGUACAUAAGUUUGGCACCUAUGUAGUCUGGCUUCAAGUUGAAAGACCAAGUCCUAGUUCUAGUCUAGCUUGUCCACUCCUCUGAGGCUCUGAGAAUGGUUUUGUUCCUUUCUUUGCGUUCAGUUCCUAUUUACCAUUCUAUAUAUGACAUUCUAGCAUGCAACAUUUCAUGAUAAAUAAAGCCAUGAAUUUCUGUAUAUAAAGUGUAUACUAGAAUUUGCCAUUUUUAUGUCCAUGAAACACAUUUCCAUUAGAAAUAUGGUUUCCUGUUUCUUUCUAGCCUUCUGCUUUUUCUUAGCCAUUCCACUGUCAAAUGGUGAUAAUACAAGCUAUGACGCGUGCUCUAAGCUAUACUCAUGCGGGAAGAUAAAAAAUAUAGGGUAUCCGUUCUGGGGAGGUGAUAGGCCCAUCUUCUGUGGGAUGCCGGACUUCAAGCUCACUUGUCAUAAUGAGACUAAUGCCAAUGACAGGUAUUCUACUAUGAACGUUUUACAUAACGCAUACAUUGGAUUAAGAGUGCUUGGCAUUGAUCCAUCUUCCCACACCAUGACUUUUUCUGAAAGUACCCUGCUUGAACGUUGUUAUUUGCGGGAUACAAGUGCAAUAGCCUUGCUUCCCACUUUGAAGCCUGACGGCAGUUAUUGGAAUAUAAGUUUAUCCUAUGGUUGUGCCAAUGUCUCUAGUUAUCACAGCAAGUCUUUUUACUGCUCCAAGGACGAUGGUUCAAAAGGUCUUGCUUAUUGGUUUGAUGAAUCAUCAAACAAAAGUAGGAUAGGUAAGCUGUGUCCGUGCAAUAACACUGUCAAGUUUCUGGUGGAUAAGAGAGGGUUAGAUGAGCUCAGAAGCACAAAAGCUUCACUUCUGAAUAUCUUAGAGAAGGUGCAAAUUAAUACGACAUACUUGGUGAACCUCAUAGCCUGUUCCAACUGUGAGAAGUCUGGUGGCAGAUGCGGAUCAUCAGAGGAAUUGUCUUCAGAUCAGUUUUUGUGCCAUUGUCGGGACAAAUCCCAUCCACUAGUGUGCUCUGAACCAACUCCAAGUAGUCCUCAAAACAUCUCCCACCGUAAGAAACAUGUAAAGGAAAAGUUGGGACUGAUUCUGGGACUGGGCAUUGGAGGAGCUUUGCUUGUGUUCAUAGCAAUUAUAGGCUUCUGGCACCGUAAGAAGCUCAAAUGUGUAACCCAGAGCGCUUCCCUUGACUGUAGUGCAUCAGAACUUGAAAAGGGAAGCAUAUACUUUGGUGUAUCACUCUUCUCUUACAAUGAGCUUGUAGAAGCCACUGCUAAUUUUGAUCAAUCUAAAGAACUUGGCCGUGGUGGCUUUGGAAUAGUUUAUUGUGGGAAACUAAAAGACGGGAGGGAAGUUGCUGUAAAACGCCUUUAUGAGAAGAGCUACAAAAGGCUGGAGCAGUUUAUGAACGAAAUUCAAGUACUGACCCUUUUGAGACACCAAAACCUUGUGUCACUUUAUGGCUGCACUUCCCAGCAUUGCAGAGAACUACUACUUGUUUACGAGUAUGUGAAAAAUGGCACAGUAGCUGAUCACCUGUAUGGUAGAAACACAAAAUCAGGAUAUCUUCCAUGGCCUGUUCGGCUGAGAAUUGGAAUAGAAACAGCCACUGCGCUCUCUUACCUCCAUGCUUCUGAUAUCAUACACCGUGAUGUCAAAACUAACAACAUUCUCCUUGACUGCAACUUCAGUGUCAAAGUUGCUGAUUUCGGGCUUUGUAGACUCUUUCCAACCGAUGUAACUCAUGUGUCAACUGCUCCACAGGGGACUCCUGGGUAUCUUGACCCUGCGUAUCACCAGUGUUAUAAGCUGACAGAUAAAAGCGAUGUUUACAGCUUUGGAGUAGUCCUCAUUGAGCUCAUUUCCUCUUUGCCUGCAAUAGACAUGGAUAGGCCUGAACAUGAGAUAAACUUGUUCAACUAUGCAAUGAACAGGAUUCAACAUUGUGCAUUUGACGAGUUAGUGGACCCACAACUUGGGUUUGCACUAGAUUUCAAGGUUAGGAGAAUGACUGUAUCGGUGGCAGAGCUUGCGUUCCAGUGCCUGCAACAUGACAAGGAACUCAGGCCGUCAAUGGACGAGGUUUUAGAGGUUCUCAAGAGUAUUGAAGGCGCUGAUUAUGAAGCACUGCAGGCAGAAGAAAUGGCAAAUUAUGUUGGGUUCGUGGAUGAUAAAGCAUCACCGGCUGAAGAGAUGGCUGAUGAUACUAAUGUUGAAGUUUGUGAAGCGUCGAAAGCAGAAGAGAAGGCUAAGAUUGUUGCUCAGAAUAGUGAUCCAGGACCUACAGCCAUGGAGGAUGAUUAUGCACAACUGUUAAACAAUAAUCAUCGGGCAUAUUCAUCUUCCCCGAUUUCUGUUAUGGUUAAAUGGGUUGGUAGUUCCACUACAUCUAGCUCCAGCAAGUAAGCUGAACAUUUUGAUUCCUUUCCUCCUUAUAUAUCAAGCUACUACAUGAUGGUUGUAAAUUGAUGGAUUUGUUUCUAUGCAACUCUGGUAGUCCGGUGUACUAUAUGGUACGAAGUAUAUACAAACAUGUUGUACAGAUCGAGCCUAUUUUGUUUCUGUUUUACUUGAAUUACAUAGAAUUUGAUUCAAUUUUUCAAGUUAUAUUAACUUAAAUACAUAU